UUUCCUGCCUCGUCUCGCUCAUAUCAUCGAACUGCCUGGGCUAUUUAGCGAUUUGUAUCUUCCUCUUUCCUCAAUCCCACCGCAUUCGCAACAUCUUCUCCGCAAGUCUUCUCUCCCCCCUCGCUCUAGCUGCAGCUAUGGCUUCCGUCGUUGCAUCGUCCGCUGUGGUGACCCCGGUCGCAGCCAUCGCUGCUUCCUCCACCACCAAGAGCUCCCAGAUCGUGUCCGUCCAGGCCGGUCUCAAGGCUGGAGUCUUCGGUGGCAAGAGCGAAUGGCAAACUAAGACCCAGACCAACGGCAGCCGCGUUUCCUGCAUGCAGGUGUGGGAGCCAUACAACAACCUGAGGUUCGAGACCCUCUCCUACUUGCCCGCCCUGAGCCAGGAUGCUCUGGCCAAGCAGAUCGACUACGUCAUCAAGUCUGGUUGGGCUCCCUGCAUUGAGUUCGACACCCAAGGAGCUGUGACCCGUGAGGGAAGCAGGAUGCCCGGAUACUACGAUGGUCGCUACUGGACCAUGUGGAAGCUGCCGAUGUUCGGAUGCACUGACUCUGCUUCAGUGUUGAGGGAGAUUGAGGAAUGCAAGAAGUUGUACGGACACAAGUGCUACAUCAGGUGCUUGGGAUUCGACAACACCAGGCAGGUGCAGUGCGCCAUGUUCAUCGUCCACCAGCCCACCAACAAGUGAUCAAUGAUUAGCGAACAGCAGUUGUCCGCUCUCCAAGGUGGUCUGAGGACUUCGAAUUCGCCGACUUGAACUUACUGGCUCGCCUACAGUCGACGCGAUAGAAGGUGUUGAUGGUGUCCGGAGAGGAGUGUGGGAAUGAACUGUAACAGCAUGGUGCAAUUAUACAGCUCACAAGUAGCGGUCCUCUAAGAGGUUCCAUAGUCGCUUCUACCGCUGACUUCUAGGUAUUGCAAACACUGUCUACACGAGUUGGAGAUCUCUCUCGGUCUGAGGCCUUAUGUUACCACUCCGAUGAAGCUCGGGAUGCUGUAGCCGUGAUGGGUGCAGAGUCGAAAGAGUCUCAGCUCGUAAGGGAGAUUGUAAAGACAUGCCACCUGCAACUUUGCAUGCCACCUGCAGUAUAAUAAAUCUAAAUUGUGGUGUUUCUACUGAAGAGAAGUUCAAUGUGAAUGUUUCCUCUAUGUCUGACUGAAGCCAUGGCCGUGAGUCCUGCCUAAUCUUCCUGUCAUGGGCAUGUCGUGUAACUUACAUCUGAUUUCCAAAUUCCCGUAUUCACUGUGUGCUCAUCC